AUGAAGGGAUCUCUGAAAAGAAUAAAGGAGAAAUUAAAAAGCACAAAGAAGAAAGGAUAUUAUGUAACAUUUUAUGAUAGAAUAAAACAAAUUAAUGAAAAGGAAAAGUUAGAAGAUUAUAAUUCUAUACAUGACAAUAAUUAUGAAGAUUAUUUAAAGUCUAUUAAUAAAAAUGAUAAUCUAAAUAAUACAGAAGAAUUAAAAAGAACCAAUUUUCAUCGAGCUCUUAAUGAAUACCCCAAAGAUUGUUACAAUAAAGAUUUUAGAAGGUGCUGUAACGAGUUGUCAAUUUAUUCAACAAAUUUAAUGGUUAUAUUACUAAACAAAGACAAAAUCUUCAAUAUUAUUUUUAAGUAUAUAGAACAUAGCAAAGUACAAAAUGAUGAACAAUAUUUUUAUAAAUUAUUAGUUAUAUUAAUUAAAGAUUUAAAAGAUGAAAGCAGGAAAUAUUUAGAAGCAACCUUAAAAAUUUUAUAUAAUAAAAUAAGUUUGAAUAAUUUAGAUCUUUUAGAAGAAAUAUUUAAUAGUUAUGCAAAUAUAUUUCGAUUAAUGAAUAAAACAAUAAUAAAAAAUAUAGAUAAAUAUUUAAAAUUAGCUUUACCAUUAUUAUCUCAUCGUAAUAAUAUUAUAAAGUUAUUUAUUGCAGACAGUUUUUCUUAUUUAUUAAAAAAAUUAUCAUUACAUGAUCUUAUAUUAUGUUUUAAUAAAAUAUUUUCUUUUUUUAAUUACAUACCAAAAUCAAAAUUAAAUGAUUAUUCAGAAACGGUUAGUUUAUUAUUACUUGAAGCAUUAAAAGUGGAUAAUAAAAAUAUAUCAAAAAAAAAAACAUUACCUUUUUUAAAAUAUCUUAUAUGUUCCAUAUUCAUAAGGCAAACAUAUUAUUGUAAUGAAACAGAAGCUUUUUAUGAUUAUAUAAAUAUUGAUACCAUGAAUUUUGUACAAAAAUGUAUAUCUAAUUUUUUUCGUGAUUUUUAUAAUUUCAUAAAGGAUGAUGAAACAUCAUAUGAGUUUAUUGAAUUAUUUUUAACAUUCCUUUUAAAGCAUUAUUCUCUCUUAUAUGAUAAAUAUUACAAUAAAGUGAUAACCAUUUGGCUUAAUAAUAAUAUGGAUAAUAUGGAUAAUAUAGACAAUAUGGAUAAUAUAGAUAAUAUAAAUAAAGAUAGGGAUAAUUUAUUAAAUUGUGAAAGUGUACAAAGUCAAUUAAUUAAUCAUGAGAUAUAUACAAAAUGUUACAAAUGUCAAAACAUAUACAAUAAAUUAAAAGAUAAUGUAUCUGUUCAUACAUUUCAAAAAAAUAAUCAUAUUGAUUAUAAAGAAAAUAUUAUGAUGACCCAUUCUUUUUUUGAAAAAUUGAAACUUCAUUAUAAUAUUAUACAUUCAAAUAAUACAAACCAAAAGAAUGAAAAUGAAGAAAAUAUAUCGACUAAUAAUAUUUCAGAAAUUGGAGUUUUUAUAAAUUAUACUUUUCCUGAAACCACAUCUUUUUUAUUAAAAAAAAUAUUGUACAUAUGGAUAGAAAAAAGUGAGGAAAUGAAAAAUAUAAUUAUACAAACAUGCUUAGAUGAACUUACAAAAUAUAUAGAUUACAUAAAAGAUAUACCAUUAAAUGAGAUAUCAUUUAUAUAUGUAAAAAAUAUAUAUGAUCAUGUUUUCUUUUUAUUAAAUUAUCAUUGUAUCAUUAAUGACGAGAUAUGCAAUAUAUAUAUUUCUCUUAUUGAAAAAUUUAUGAAUAUAAUAAAUAUACAAAGCGAAAGGAGAAAAAAUAUUUUCAAUUUAUAUUUAUUAUCUUUUUUAAUUUUUCAUAUAUAUGAACUUUUAAAUAAAAAGCACAUGAUUCAUUCUCAAGUCCAUUUUAAGUCUUUUUUAAAAUGCGUAUUUAUCAACCUAUGGAAAUAUUUUCACCAAAUGGAUAUUAUCGAUUUUUAUCAAAAUAAUGUGUAUAUAAUUAAUGGAAUUAAUAAAAUGAAGAAAAAUAAUAAUCCUAACAAAAAUGUAGAUAUUAUAUUACAACAAGAUAAUAAAUUUAAAAUUAACCAAGUUUAUAAUAAUAAAAAUAAUAGUAAUAAUUAUAAUGAUGAUAUUGAACAAACGAAGUGUAAAUCUAACAUAUGUUGUAAUGAUUUUUCUUUCCUCUUAAACAAUCUUUAUAUAGGGGUAUUAUAUAUACUGAUUGAUAUAUUAAAAUACGUAACAUCACUAAAUCAAAAUGAUAAUACUAUGAAUAAUGAAAUAAAUGACAAAGAUAAUAAAACACAUAAAAAUAAAAAUUCACACAAUAAUAAUAUAUAUCAAACACAAAGUAACAAUAAUAUCAUCAUUAAUAAUAAUAAUAAUAAUAAUUAUGGGGAUAUAUAUUCUUUUAAUAAAUAUAAAAUAUAUAAUAAAAAUUAUAUCCAUCUUAAUAAUAGCAAAAAUAACCCCUUUUUUAAAGAAAUUGAAAAGGAAUUGGAAAAAAUGUUAAUAUAUAUUUUUAAUAACAUCAAACAUUUAAAUAUUAUUUUAAAUGACAUAAGUGAGUGUGAUAAAAAUAUUAGUACCAUUGAACAAAAUGAAAAUAAACGUAUUCAAAUAAAAUACACAAUAAUUUUAUUAAGUGGUUAUAUUAAUUUAUUUUCAGAAAUAAUUUCUACUAAUAAUUUAUGUAUUUAUGACCAAUUUAAUGAUGUAGAAACAAUAUCACCUUUAUUUUAUAAUAUUUGUGAGAUCUUACAAAAAUUUAAAAGUAAUAAUUACUUUUUAAAUACUUGUAAAGAUAAAAAUGAAUUGUUAGAUAUGAAUAUAUAUGUGAAUAAUAUUAUACUUGAUAUUACUAAUAUUAUAAUAAUAUUAUCAAAAGAAUGUAGGCACAUAAGUGAAAAUAUACUUUUAACCUAUAAUAUGUUUGUAUUAAAUUGUUUAAAUGAUUGGAAUAAAUCAGAUAUAUGUAAUGUACAUUAUUUACCAAAAAUGAAAAGCAUUAUACUUAAUUUAUAUAAUGUAAAUUAUUUUAAAAAUAAUAUUAAUGAUAUAUUUUUAUUUUUAAAAAUUUUAAAAAAAUUCCUUUUAUUUUAUGAUACUAUUUUGAUAACAAGAAAGGAAUUAAUACAAAUAGUCAAAAUUUUAAUGUCCAUAUAUGUAGAAUUGAAAUUAGAUAAAUAUAAAAUGCAAGAUAAUAUAGAUAAUAAUAAUAAUAAUAAUAUAUAUGUGAUAAUUAAUGGAUAUGAUAAAAUAUUUUCAAUAUUUGAUAUGUUCCUAUCUUUAGAAUGUGAUAAAUAUUUAACUACUUAUCAAAAUAUAUACCAUUCUAAAAUUGAAGAUAUAGUAAAUAAUCUUGAUCAUUUUAAAAUAUAUAAUAUAUUUAAUGACAAUGAUCGAAUAUUUAAAGUAGCUACCAAGUUUUUUAUAAGUGAAAUAAUUAUGUUAUUAAAUAUACCACUCGUAACAGUACCAAAAGCAAUUGUUGAUCAUAUGAAGAAAUAUUUACGUACUUAUAGUAAUAAUCAGGAUAUAAAUCCUAAUAGGGAUGAUUUUUCGUUCGACUUUUACUUUUAUAUAGUAAAUUGUAUUUUUAAAAAUAGUAGGAAAAAAAUAGAAAUGAUAGAAUAUAAUAUUAAGUUGAAAAAUAUGGAGAAAUAUAAUUUGAUAAAUAAUUCGGAUUAUAUAAAUAAAAGUGAAGACAUUAUUUCUGAACAGACAAAUGAGGAUAUAUAUCCAUCACUUUGUGGUGAUAAAAAUGGAGAUAAUAAUAAUAUGAUUGACCAUAAUAUUUCACCUGACAAUAAUUAUAUGAGUGACGAUAAUAUUUCACGUGACAAUAAUAAUAUUAAUAAUUAUGAAUAUCUUCACAAAAUAGAUGAUAACAUAUCAAGUCAUUCCAUUCAUGAAAAUUUUAAAAAGUUGAUAUAUUCAAAUAUAAAAGAUGAACAAGAAAAUAUACAGAAUUAUUUAAAUAUGAAAGAAAAAAAAAUGUUCAUUUUAUUAGAAGAAAAUUAUAACGAAUUAUUUUUAAAAAAUAUACUUACAUCUUUUGAUAUAAUUGCUGUACCAUAUCCAAAUAACUUACCUAAUAAUCUGAAGCUAAAAAUGUUAAAUAUAUAUAUAUGGAUUAUGAGAUUUUUAAAUAUAAAUUGUUCAUAUUAUAUAAAUGAAUUUAAAUACUUUCCUCUAUUAAAUUUAUUAUUCGAUAUUACACUUAACAUAAAUGAUCAGUUUCAUAAAUAUGGUGAUAAGGAUAAAAUAGGUUUGUCACUUUCAGAACAUCAAAGUGAUAAUAAUUUAAAGAAUAAAAAUAACAUUAAUAUGAAUCAACAUACUGAUGAAACGAAUGAACGUAAAAGUCUUAUCUAUGAAAUUUUAUUUUGUAUAAAAAUAUUUAUAAGCAAAUAUCUUUACAAUUUACAUAUAUUAAAAGUUCCCAAUAUUGUGAAAUUUUUAAAUAUACUUUGUACAUAUAAUAAAAAAUUAAAUAAUUACAAAAAUGAUAUAGAAGAAAUAUUACGUGAUCAAAAUAUACCUAUUACCAAAUUAUUGUUAAAUAUAAAAAAAGAAGAUGAAAAUAUAGUUACACCAAUUUUAAUAAAAAUAAUAUUUUGUCUGUUAAAAAGUAAUAUAAAAAAAAAAGGACAAUAUAAAAUGAGGAAAAAUAUGAUAUUUUAUUUAUCAGAUAUUUCUAAUAAUAAUUAUUGUUACUUAUUUUUGUCUGUUAUAUAUUCAUAUAUUAAUGUUUAUGAAAAUAAGAUGAAUUAUAAUAAUUUACUCAAAUAUUCAAAUAAAGAACUUGUACUUAUAAAUUUUCUAAACUCAACUCAAGAAGAUUUAAAUAAUUUAUGGUAUUAUGAAUUUAAUGUACAAAAUAUAGAUAAAAUUAUUAAUAAAAAUGGAAAUAUAUUUUCUUAUGAAGACAUGUUUAAAUCAUCUUAUUGGGUUUUUCAAAAUUAUAUAAUUGAAAUAAAAAAGGAAUCUUUAUUUGAAACAUUUUAUUUUAAUAAAAAUUUUAAUAUAUUAGGACAAAUAUUAAAUGUUAUGAAAUUUAAGUUAAAUAAAUAUUUCCCUUUCUUUCUUCAAAUAUUUUUAACCAUUAUGCAUUAUAUUAAUAGUUAUAAUUAUAUUUUGAAAAAUAAAAAAGUCAAAAAUUUAUUUAUGAAAAUGUAUCAUAUGGUACAUUAUGGCAAUAAUGGUGUUAUGGCAGCUUUUGAUGAAUAUUUAAAUUUACAUGAAAAACAAUUAAAUAAUAUAAAAUCAAAAAGUGUAAUUAAUGACAAUGGUAAUAAUAUGAAUGGUGGAUAUGUAGACAAUCCAAAUAAUUAUGAAGAUAAUAUAUAUUUUGAUAAUUCAAAUAAUAUGUAUAAUUUAAAUUAUGUACAAGGAACAAAUGAUAGUAUUAUAUGUACUAACGAAAAAGCUAUACAAAUAAAUACCAAAAGAGCAUACCUAAAAAAUAUACAUAAAACAUGUAUAGAACAUAUACAUUUUAUCAUGAAUAAUUAUGAUGAUAUAAUUCUACCCACAUUAAUAAAAUCAAAAAAUUUAUUUACAUUUAUAUUUUAUAAAAAUCUAAAAAAUAUAGGAAGGAAAAAUAAUUUUCUAAAUAUAUUAUUUCAUAUAUGGUCAAAAAAUGAAGCCUAUUAUGAUUUAUACAAUAGUGUAAUACCUAAUUCUCUUUUAAUAUUAAUUAAAGCAAUUAAUAAUAAACGUAUUAUAAAUAAAUUAAAUAACAAGGAAUGGACCUAUGCAGUCGAUAAAGUAUAUGAUAUAAUUUUACGUUUGUGUGGUUAUGAUACUGAUACAUUUUUUACAUCUAAUCUUUCAAGAGAAUAUAAAAAUUCCAAAAAAAAGAAAAAGAACGAUAACAAUAGUAAUAUUAAUAAUAUUAUUAAUGAACAUUAUCUUUUAUUGGAUAACAAAAUAAGUACAACAUUAAAAAAAAUUAAUAAUUAUAAUUUUCAUUAUAAUUCAAAAGGUAUGAUUAUAUUAAAACCUUACAUAUCACAUAUCAUUGUUUGUAUUCAAAAGACAUUAUUAAGGAAAUUUAAAUUAUAUGUAAUUCAAAAUGGUGAUAUGUUCAAAUCCAUUAGGAAAAACAAAAAUAUUGAUGAAUUAACAAUUAUUAACAAUAAAGAGUUACAUAUAUUAAUUGAAUUAUCAGCUAUAAAUAAAAAUAAAAUAUAUAAUAUACAUAUUAUCAAUUUGUUAAUUACUUUUGUCUUAAUUAAUAAAAAUUCAUUACAUACCAAAAAUAUAGAUUAUAUACAUAAAAUUAAAUUAAUAUUAAUAGCUAUAAAAAAAUUAAUUAUUAAUAUAUCGAAUACAUCAUCAGAAGAAUGGACAAAUUUUAUAAAAUCACGAAAAAACACAAAAAUCACAAAAUACACAAAAACCAAUUUAUCAUUCAAUAAUAUAAAAAAUAUCAGAAAUGUGGGUAAUUUAAACAUGGAUACACAAAUUAAAAAUAAUAUAAAUCAUAAAAAUGUGCUUAAUUAUUCACAUGUAACAAACGAUGAAAAUACAAUAAAUAAAAAAAAAAAAGAUAAAAUUUUUAGUUCGACUUUACAAUAUUUUUCUGAAUCUUAUUAUAACAUGUUAAAAACAAAUAUGUGUUAUAAAUUAAAAAGUAUGUUAUAUGAAAUUAUUCAAAGAUGCUAUGAUAUGAAAUGUCGAAUUCUUACAGCAGAACUUUUAAUUAUGAUAGGAUGUAUAUUUUUGCAAAUAAAAAAUGUUCAGAAGUAUUUACAGAUAUUUAAAAAAAAUGUAGAUACAUUCUUGGAAAAAACAAAUAAUUUAAAUUAUAAUUCUAAAAUUGUUUUAAAACAUAUUAUUAAAAUACCAAUAAGAACUCAAUUAAAAAAUAAAAAUAUUUCUACAAAUAAUUAUUAUUCUUUUCUUCAAACUGCGCAAAUAUUUUAUGGUCUUAAUAUUUUCCAUACAAAAUGUUCUACAUAUGAAUAUGAUUCUGAUGUACAAUUUUUAAUACUCUUAGAUUUAUGUAAUAUUAAAAUAUCAUAUAAAUUAUUGAAAGAAUAUAUGCUCAAUGGUCAAAGUAAAAAAUAUAUAAAUUAUCAAUUAAACAAAGAGAUAACCCUUUCUUCAAAACAGAAUGAUAAUAUUAUUUAUCCACAAAAGGAUUUGAAAAAAUUCACAGCGAAACAUUUAUUUUUUAAUAGCAAUUUAUUAUUCUUUGAAGUUUUAUUAAGACAUUCAUUAUUUUUAAUAUUUAAUGAAGAAACGAAUGAUAUGGUAAGAGACAAGUCUAUACAGUUUACGAUAUUUUUUACAAAGUUGUUGAAAUGUUUGUUAAGAGGAUAUGAAAUAGAUAAUAAAAAUAUAAAUCUUAACACUAUUGACAAUAAUAUUGUGCGCAAUAUAAAAAUAUGUAUACAUUUUGUUAUUAAUAUAAUAAUUCCAAAAUGUUUGAAUGCUCUUAAAAGAAAUAUUAAUGAAUUUACGAAAAUAAGUCUACAAAUUAUUUUAAUUGCAUCAAAAAAUAUAUGCCCAUAUAUAAAUGUAUUAAAACUCUUAAAUAUUGAACAAUUUAUAAAACAUGUUAAGAUGAUAUAUGCAAAAAAUCAUAUUUCUUUUUUAUCACCUUCUAAAAAUAAUAUCAUAACAAGUAAUAGUUAUGCAAAUUAUUUUAAUAAUAAUAAAAUAAAUGAUGAAAAUAAUAAUGAACCAUAUUUUAAAAUAUUAGAAAAAUUAUUAUUUUAUGAUUUAUAUUAUAAUAUAUGUAAUACUACUUCGUCUAUAAGUAAUUCUAUACAAUAUACAAGUAAUAAUAAUAUAACAAAGAAUAAAAAUAAUCAAAUGCUUUAUGUAAAUUCCAAAAAUAAGUAUAAUGAUAUAAUUGUUGAAAAUAUAAUAGAUUUAAAAUCAGAGAAUAAUUUACAAGGUGUUCAAAAAUUAAAUACUAUUACACCAAAUUUGUGUUUCUAUACAAUAAAUAAAAUAAUUAUACCUUUAUCUUUAAAUUUUAUUUUACAAAAAGAUACCAAAAAAGAAACCUAUAAUAAAGCACUUGCCUUACAAAGUAUGAAAUUAUUAGGAUUGUGUUCAGAAAAAAUUGGAGUAAAAACAAUUUAUUUUAUAUUAAGAUUAUUAUUAUCAGAAAUGAAGAAAAAUUUACAUAAUAAAAUGUAUGUAGAAAAAACAAUUAGUCAUGUCGUAAGAGCAUAUCAUUUUAAGGAAUUUCAAAAAUUGCAGUAUGAACAUAUAUCUACAAAAUGGAAUUCUAAUAGUAAGUAUGAGGACAAAAUAAGACAAAAUGAUAAAUCAGUACAUAGUAAUAUGGUAGAUACGUCAUUUAAUAAUAAUAUGAAUCGAACUCUAACUAAUGAUAAUAUAACAAAAAAUUUAUCACUAAAAGAUAGCAAAAAAGAUAGCAUUAAUAGUAUUAAUAAUAAUAAUGAUGGUGAUGGUGAUGGUCAUGGUCAUGUUUAUUUUAAUAAUUUGGACCAAACAAUAUCAAAUACAUACUAUGAAAAGAAAAAAUCGAACAUACAUACCAACAAAUUCAUCUGUGACAUAUUACCAGAACUCAAAUAUUUAAUGUUCGACAAAAAAUUAAUUAACGAUAAAAAGAAACAGAAAAGUUAUAUAAACAAUUUGGUUGUUGAUUAUAAAAGCAAAGAUUCUGUUGCAAAACCUGAUAUAAUACUGACCUACCUAGUUAUAUUAAAUAAAAUAAAUUAUAAUUUUGAAAAAGAAUUACGUAAAAUAAUUUAUAAAUUAUGUUAUUGUUUAUCAUCCAAAUUAAAUAUGGUAAGAAGUGAAGCAAAAAAAACCUUGUGUUAUAUUUCUAUGUAUCUUGGAUUAAAUUAUUUUGAUUUAAUCAUUAAGCAAAUGUCUGAUUAUUUAACCAAAGGAUAUCAUAUACCUAUUUUUUUAUGCACAACCAAUUCUAUUCUAGAAUCUGUGUUAUAUGAAAAAGAUAAAUUCUUAGAUAAGAAUUAUCUUACCAUCAAAUUUAAUGUGCUGAAUGAAAGAAAUUUUAAAAGAAAUAAAGUAAAAAAUAAUGAUUUGGCCCUAAAUAACAAAGAAGAAGGGAACGCAAAGGAUCAAAUAAAUAAAAAUGAUAACAAAAGAGAGCAUGAUAAAAUAAACGAUAAUUCUUACUAUACAGAAUUUUGUGCAAAUAUUUUUAAUAUGAUUAAACUUGAAAUAAUUAACGAAAUUGAAAAGAAUACGGAAGAUGUAAAUAAAAAAAGAAUUAAACAAAAAACUAAAGAAAGUAAAAAAACAUAUGGUUCUAAUAUUAUAAGGUUAUUAACAAAUAUUGUUACAGAAUCAUGUAUUGAAAAUAAUAUAUUAACAUUUUUGGAGAGCCUUUUUAGUGGAGAUUCCUUUCAAGAUAAUGAAGUAGAUAAAUAUUUUAUUUUUAAAAAAAAAUAUAUAUUUAUUGUAACAUGUUAUUUUAAUGAUUUUAUUAAAGGAUUAGAAGAAAAUAAAAAAAUUAAUUCUAAGUUUAUUUUAAAUAUAAUAUAUAAAUUAUUAAUUAAAUCUAUAUAUUUCUUUAAAGGCGAUAUAAAUUAUGAAAAUUUAAUGGCGGUUAUGAAAGAUUCAAAUAUUUUACAUUUCAAAUAUAAUCAAAUAAAUGAUAAAAUUAUUAACUAUCCAAUUUUUAAGAAAAGCUUCCAUUUUUAUGUAUCUAUUCAAACAGUAGAAAAAAAAUAUUUAGGAUAUAAUUAUGAAAAUAAGACAAUUCAAUAUCCAAAGAAAAGAAGUAAUCUUGAAAUAAUGGAGGGCUCAUUUCAAGGAAAAAAUAUAUAUGAUUCUAUACAAAAAAGCAAUAAAUAUGAUUUUCAAGUUCAUGCACAAAUAUUGGCAAGAGUAUCUUUAAAAUUAUUUCUUUAUAUAAUAAAACGCUCUUCUCAAAUAUUUUCUGAUACUACAAAUGUGUUAGAUACAAAUGGAAGUAAUAAUAAUAUAAAUGAUAAUAAAAUAAAUGGAUUUAUAAACAACAUAGAUGAUUACAUGAAAAGAAAAGACAAGGAUUCAUAUAAUAAUAUAUAUAACGUAUCAACAUUUGUUCAGUUCAUACAUAUAGUUGAACCUUUACUUGUAUAUUGUUUUUGUUAUGGUAAAGAAGAAGUGUUUAUUUUAGCAUCCAAAUGUAUAAAAAUCAUUAAAAAGAAAAAAUAUUGUGAUUUUAAAAAAUUUGGGAAAUUAAUAAUUUUAUCAUCAAUAGAUAUUUUAAAAAAUCUUCCAAAUUAUCAUAGUAGAGAAUUUGAUAAACUAAUUGUAUCUUGUAUUGAUACACUUAUAUAUUUAAUAAAAGGUAAUGACAAAAAUGAUAUCAUGUCUUGGUUAAAUUCAAACGUAUCCUUAGAUCAUAGUUAUAAUAAUACAACUAAUAAAGAUAUAAGUGAUGAUGAAAAUCCAAGAAAAAAAUCAAAAGGAGAAAAAAAUGAAAAAUAUAAUAAUAAAACAAAUGGAAUUUUUAAUAAGGAAGAGGCAGAUAAACACCAAAAGGUACAACAAAGAAAUAAAAAAUUAUGUUAUUUAUUAGAUGAAAGUGUUUUGUCUUCUCAUAAUUAUAAUGAUGGUCAUGAUUAUAUUAGCACAACAGAUGAACAAGAGGAAUGUAUGAAUUCAUUACGAUAUUGCCUACUGAAUCAAAUACAUUUAUUAUUAGAAAGUAAAAAUCAUAUAUUUGAAUUAUUAAUAUUAUUUAAAAAUUGUUUAUUACGUGAAGAUUUAGAUAAUAUUCUAAGAAAAGGUCCUGUAAUUUUAAAAAUAAAUAUGUGUAUUGAACAAAUAUUUAAUAUAAUGGUUGAAGAAUCACAUAAUUUGAAAUUAUCCUUUUUAUGUGGUCAAAUAUAUAUAGAUUUUUUUAUGCGUUUCCCAUUAUCUCAAAAAGAAAAGAAAAAAAAGUUUUUCAAUAUUUUAAAUAAUUUAAAUGAUGAAAAUGACGAAUCAAGGAUAGCUGUAUUAAAUACCAUAUAUCUGUUCCUAAAUAGGGCAAAUUCAAAAUUGUUAAAACAAGAAUUUUAUUUUAUAACUUUUGCAAGUCUUCUAAUAAAUUUUUCGAAUGAAACAAAUUAUAAAUGUAGAAAAAUGUAUGUAUUCUUAAUAUCCUUACUUUUUCAGCAAAUAAAUGAUUUGGACUUUAUAUAUAAUUCUUACAAAAUUAUUAAGCAAAAUUUAUUAUCAGGUAUGAAAUCAUCUUUUGUAUAUUCCUAUUUAUAUGUAUUACCAAUUUGUACCUCAUUUUUUCAUAAAGACAUAUCAAAUUAUUAUAGAUUACUAUUUAAUGAUAUAUCACAACAAUUUGAAUAUCACAAAAAAAUAUAUACUAAGGAAUAUAGGAGGACUAAAAAGGAGGAAAUAAUGAACCUGUGUUUACAAGCUAAGGGUGAAAUUACAAAUGGGUCAAUAUAUAAUGGAAAUAAUAAUAAUAAUAAUAAUAUGUCUGAUGAGAACAAAGUGGAUACCCAAUUUGAACAUAAAAUUCUUAAUCAUUUUAUCAAUCAAUUAUUAACAUUUAUCAACAAAAAAGAAGAAACAAAAAAUAUAAAUAUUUGUUCAAAUUAUAUAGAGGAACAAAUUAAAAAAAAACAAAAUUGUAAUAAAAUAAAUAUAUAUAAUAAUGAUAUAGAAUAUAUGAAUAAUAAUUGUAUCAUACAAGGUCAGAAUAAUAUUUCAUUAAAUAUUACACAAUAUUAUAAUAUAACAUUUAUGAAAAAUCAACUAGAAGAUUUAUUUUUAUCUAUCAUUUUUCAUCUAAUAGAUAAAAUAUUUAUAAAUAUAAAAUUGAUUGUUAAAGAUUAUGAUGAUAUAAUAAAAUAUGUAUUCACAUCAAUUGAGAACAUAACAUAUUUUUGUAAUAGAUAUGAUAUAUACAAACAAGUAGAUAAUGAUAUUGUAUAUUUAUUUUAUAAAUCAUUAGAACAAAUAGUUGCUUUCUUAGAUAUAAAUUUAAUCGAAAAUAUAAUACAUGAAAAAUAUAGUCAUGAAAAUUAUAAGGAUAUUUUUAUAAAAAUGAUAGAAUUAAAAAAUAGUAAUAAUAAAAAUAAUUAUAAUGAUAAUAUUUUAUUAUCAUAUGAUGAUAAUAAUUAUGAAAAAUUAAUUAUGUAUUUUCUAUAUUUCUGGAAUUUAAUUUUUACACAUGGAUUAAUGAAUAAAAAUCCAUAUAUACAAAUAAUAUCUAUGAAAAUAAUAAUAAAUUAUAUAAGCAAAAAAUUAACUAAUCCAUUCUUUCCAUUAUUAUUAAUUAAAUUGUAUACAACAGAUAAAUUUAUUAUAAAUAUUAUUAUCAAAAAAAUCUUAUCUCUAUUAUUAAAUUAUACAUUUUUAGAAUAUUUCUAUAUAUAUUACAAAGAAGUAAGUUCCUUACUUUGUAAUAUAUGUAACUUAUUAAUAUCCUUCCCUUGGAUUACUAAUGGUUAUAAUAGUGAAGACAAUAAAUAUGAUAUUAAUCAUGUGAAGAAUUAUGACUAUAUGAAAAAUUUAGAAACAUUAAAUGAUUCAUUAAAAUUAAACAACAACGACAUUAAUAUUUACAAUAAUAAUAAUAUGGAUAAUAUAUCAACAAAUGAAGAAAAUAAAAAUAUAUGUAUAACAAAAAAUGUACAUAAUAAUAUGAGUGAUGAAGAAGAUGUGUAUAAUAAUUCAAGUGAAGAACAAGAAUUUAACAAGGUAAAUAAUAUAUUAAAAGAAAAUGAUGAAGAUGAAUAUAAAAAUAAUCAUUCUAUUUAUAAAGACAAAACAAUUGAUUAUCAAAAUAAUAAAGAUAAAUUAUAUGUUAAUCAAAAUAUCGUUAUAAAUAAAGAAAUAUUAUCUUAUAGCAAAUUUUUCUUAAUAAUUAUAACCCUUUCUCGUGCAAUAAAUUUACACCUAAAAAAUAAAAAAAAAUCAUUCACUCGUAUAUAUACUAUAUUAAAUACAUAUAAACAAAUCAUUCAAGACUUUCCUGUGAAUUUAUGGAAUAGAGAAUAUGGUAUCAUAAAUAAUGUGCUCAUUCCACUCUAUAAAAUAGCUUCGAUUUUUAAAAAAAAAGAUUUUGUCUUAAAUGAAAAUAUAUUUCAUGAAACGGACACAUACAAAAAAUUUUUGUACUUGUCCAGUUUUUCUUGGUAUAUAAUAUCUUUAUUGGAAAAAAAAUUAGAACAUAACCAAGAUGUAUUUAAUAAAGCUUUUAUCCAAACAAGACAGAGCAUCAAUCGAAUAAGAUUUCUCAGGAAAAAGAAGAAAAAGUUGAUGGCUGUUACAAAUCCAAAAGUUUUUAUAUUGAAUAAAAUGAAAAGAAGAAAAAAAAAACAAUUACAAAAGAAACAAAGAAAAAUCAUGCUAUAG